AAACAGCCAGUAGGACUUUGGUGAGAGGGCUGGGGGUCGGGGAGGGGGGGCCGGGGGUCGGGGAGGGGGUGCGGGGAGUGGGAGCUUGAGUCUUCGAAAACGGGCAGUGUUCCGAGGGGUAGACCUGAGGCAAGAUGUGGAGAGGCAGCUGAGCUGGGAAGCUGGAACGGAGGUGUGGUCACCCCAGGAGACUAAGUCGGGGGGCAAGGGACCCCUGGGAGCCAUCCAGCCCCGAGGACUAGGGAAUACGGAGGGGAGAAGGAGGGGAGAAGAACCGGCUCCUGCGUGUCAGGCACUGCCCUGGCGGUCAGAUGGGACGGGGCUGGAUACUGGCCAUGAGGAUUUUUUCAAGAACUCCGUUAAUAGUGAGAUGGGCGGACACCAGAUGGCGCGGGUUAAGAAGUGAGUGGGCGGUGGGAAGCUAGAAGCUGCAGUGUAGACCCACUUUGAGAGGUUGGGCUCUUCAGACCGGGAGAAAGUUCACAGUUUUGAGGAGUUAGGUAGGUCAAAGGAAGAGGGUUUGCUUGUUUUUGAGAUUGGGACAUCCUGAACGUUCUCCCAGGCCAAGUAAGAAGAAACCAGAAGAAGGAACAUGUCACCCGAAUGUGCCAAAACAGCCCAGCAGCUGCGCGGCCUCACAGAGAAACUGUGCAGAGGCCCCUCUGUCCCACCAUGCCUGCCUGGGGAUGGCCUUCACUCGGGCUACUCAGGGUUCCCCCAGUCUGUCCACCCAAGAGCAGCAGGGACUGUGGGUGCUCCCAGCCCCUUUUGGAGGUCGGUCUGUGGGUAGGAAUGUGGGCUGCCUUGGGGCGUCACGGCUGCAGGUGCAUACCAGCCAUCAGAACAACCCUCCUGCUCCCCAGCCCGCCCCCCUGCACCCCCAUGAAGAAACGCGGCCACCGGCUCAUAGAGAGGGAAGGAUAUUGUUCUUGGCAUUUGAUGGGAAGCAUCUGCUGCAUCCCACUGGGGUGUUGCCCAGGAUGGAUUGGAAAAGAGUUGGCAGGAAGGCUGAGCUCUGUGCUCACAACCUGGCUUGGUGGUAGCCAAGGAGCUUGGCAGGGGCAGAGUGCAGGACCUGGGAACUGGGGGCUGGUGCAUGUGUGCAUGCACGUGUGUGUGUGUGUGUGUGUGUGUAUCUGUAUGCACAUGUGUGUGCUGGGGGGUGGGGAGGAAGCUGAGAAACCACAUCCCCUCCUCGUUGCUGCUGUGUUGCUGCGUGCUUCAGCAGCACGUGGGUGUCACUGCACUUCCUGGCAGGUGUCAGCCUCCAAGACUGUGCUGGGCUCUUCUCCCAGUUGGCUCAGUUGGAGGUGGGAGUCCUAACUGUCCCCUGUGGCUUCCAGAGUGGGACCUUGCUGCGGGAUAGGCUGGCCAGUGCUGCUCCCUCCCCCGUGACCCUUCUGUUGG